AUGUCAGCGUCGAAACAGAAGCGUACGACUUCUACGCGCUCAUCUGCUUCAGUAUCAAGCCGUAUCAUAACUGCUGAUUGUCCUAUUCCUGAAGAGAGUGGUGCAGAUGACAGUAUAUCUUCUUUUAAUGUUUCGAUCUCACCAAGUCGCCGGACUCGACAACACGAAAAGGAUACUCUGUCAAAUCUUAAUGAUCGGCUCGCAGUUUACAUCGAUAGAGUGCGCCAUCUUGAACUUGAGAAUGAGAGAUUAAAUGUUCGAAUUAAUGAAAGCGAAGUGGUUGAAAAAAAGGAACGGCAUGAUCUGGUAUCUCGUUAUGAAGCUAAAAUCAAAGAGCUUCGUGAUUUGAUUGAUGAUGCGUUGAAAGAAAAAACUCGUGUUAACAUAGAUGCAAAAUCGGCUUUAGCAGAGCGUGACAAUCUUCGUACUAAGGCAAAUAUUGCAAAGCUGGACAAGGAAUUAAAACACUCGGAGAAGCUUCGUCUUAGUAAUGAUAGUCUUAUACAAGAUCUUCAGGCACGACUGAACACUGCUGAUAAUAUGAGAAAACAUUUGGAAGAUGAAAAUAAGGGUUAUGUUAUUGAAAAUGAGGACCUGAAGCAGCAGUUAGAUAUUUUGCGAAAGCAAGUCGAGGAUGAAGCGCUUGCAAACACUGCACUUCAUAAUCAAAAUCAAUCGUUAAAGGAAGAUUAUGAGUUUCUAAAAAAGACUCAUGAAGGGCAGUUAGAAGAAAUACAUAGAAAGAGACAAGUUGAAUUAACAACAACUGCUCGUGAAAUGGAGCGUACGUAUGAAUCGCGCUUGCAAGAACAACUUCAGGCAAUGCGCUCAGAAUUUGAUGAACGAUUAAAUAGAAAUAGACGAGAUAUAGAUGAGACUUAUAAGAACAAGCUUAAUGAAGCAAAUGAAGCUCGUCAGCAAAUGAACCUUGCUAAAGAAGAAGCGGCACGGCAGCGACUUCGUGUUCAUGAACUAGAGAAAGCUGGAAGUACUUACGAAAGUCAAAUAGAAGCUCUUAAUAGAAAAGUCAUAGAUUUGGAGAGUCAGCUUCGCUUCACGCGUGACGACUGUGAUGUUCGCAUCAGUCAACGUGACAAGCGAAUUAUUGAACUGCAAGAGGAAAUAGAUCGCUUAUUAAAUGAGUAUCAAGAUCUUUUUGAUUUGAAAGUUCAGUUGGAUACGGAACUAAAGGCUUACCAAAAUUUAUUGGAAGGGGAAGAAUCUCGAUUAAAUAUAUCGCAGCAGUCUUCUCCGCUGUCUUCAACAGAUUCACCUUCUGGUGCUGGCAGUCGUUAUAGCGUGUCUUACACCGAUUCAGGUCAUCGUCGUGCUGUUAAAAGAAAGCGAUUCAAUGCAUCAGAUGAUAGUCUUUAUUAUCGAGAUACUGCAAAAACAUACAAAACUACAUCUAAUUCUGAUUGUGAUAUCGAAAUAGAAGAGCAUGAUACAGGUGGAAAAUUCAUCAAGCUAGUCAAUAAAGGUGAAGAAACUAUUUCGAUUGGACAGUGGGCGAUUAAAAGUAUUGCUAGUGACAAAGAAACUAUUUACAAAUUUCAUUCAAGGCAAACAAUGAAACCCGGUGACACUAUUGCCGUAUGGAGCGCAGAUAGUGGUGAAAAACAUACACCACCAUCUCAGCUGGUGAUGAAAAAUCAGCUAUGGCCUUCUGGUGAUCGGGUAAAGACAACUCUUGUUGAUGCAGACGGUAUUGAAAUGGCAACUAGAGAAAGCGUAGCAGAAAUGCAAUAUGGGCAUUUUGUUAAUGUUGAUGGUGAGGACCCGGACCAGCGUUGUGCUGUCAUGUAA